AUGUCCAGGGGCAGUAAUCGAGCAGAUAAGGGUGAUGACAAGGUGGACUUGUGUGGCCGGGGGAGCUGGUGGCUGGGAGCACUGAAAGACACACCCACCCCUGGUCUCUAUCACAUUCGAGACUUCAUCGAAGAAGCUGAACUGAACCCUGUGAAGAAGACCUACGGGUUUAAAGGCGUGGGCAGAAAAGCCCAGAUUCUGGGCGUACGUAACGGGGAUCUGCUGCUGCCUGGAGCGUAUGACUACACUGACUCCACUCAGGAGGUCCUGAUGCACCGAGCGUCCUACUCUUUCAAAAACUGUCCACGGCCCAACAUCGUCACCCUCGGCAUCAGAGACAAGCAUAUAAACACUUCACCGUGCGACUACAAUGUGACAGCGAAACCAGUGGAAAAGACUCCCUGCAAGCAUGUGAUGUUUCGGUCAACUGUGCAACGGAUCAGCUUUCCGCCUAAGGAGGGACCUGCUCCAUGUCACUACAAUCCACAGACCAGACCUGAAAAAGGCAUCACUUCCUGCUUCAAAUCCACUUUGCCACGGCUCCACUAUGAGCACCCAAAGACUCCGGGACCAGGAGCCUAUGAACCUUGCUGGAAGUUGGGUGACCGUCUACACACAGAGGUCAUGGAUCCCUCAUUCAGCCUCUUUUUCCGCAGCAUUCCCUAG